AUGGCAUCUGCUGCUUUGGAGAUUCUUGGCUUGGCAUUGUGUGUGAUCGGCACUUUGCUGGAAAUGGCCGCGUGCGGUCUGCCCACCUGGAAGGUAUCUGCAUUUAUCGAAGCCAAUAUUGUCGUAGCGCAGACCAUCUGGGAAGGACUGUGGAUGUCAUGUGCGGUUCAGAGCACGGGGCAGAUGCAGUGCAAGGUGCACGACUCCAUGCUUGCGCUCGCCCAUGAUCUGCAGGCCGCUCGAGCCCUCACUGUCAUCUCGUCGGUUUUGUGCGUAAUUGCGUUGAUGGUCGUGAUUGCUGGCGCACAGUGCACCAACUGCAUCAAGACGGACGGCGUGAAGGUCCGAGUGGUGAACAUCGGCGGGGUGAUUUACAUCUUGAGCGGGCUCUUCGUGCUCAUACCGCUCUGCUGGAUGGCAAACAACAUCAUCUCUGAUUUCUACAACCCGCAGGUGCCCAACGCUAAGAAGCGCGAGAUUGGGGCCGCGCUCUAUAUCGGCUGGGCUGCCACCGCGCUCCUUCUUAUCGGCGGUGGGAUACUUUGUUGCUCAUGUCCAUCUUCAGGAAAUUCCGGUUAUUCGGUGAAGUACGCACCUACUACUAAACGGGCAACACCGAACGGAGACUACGACAAACGGAAUUAUGUUUAA